AAGGACAAAUUGCACCAUUUCUCGUUUCGCCCGGAACACAGAGAGAAAGCGUGGACCAGAAAGUCUAGAUCCAGCACGAACUUCUUGAACAUUUUUCCCGUUCUAGUAGUUACUAGUUGAACCGUAAGAUUAGCUCUAUUGUGUAGUUCAUAGAAGUUUUAUGAGUACUAGUUGUUAGAAAACUACGAGAAAACCAUAUCGACUAUUGUCGUCAUGUCAGGCGAAGGUACCGAGGCAGCCGACAGAAAUGUCGAAAUAUGGAAAAUCAAAAAGCUUAUUAAGAGUUUGGAAGCGGCUAGGGGAAAUGGAACAAGCAUGAUCUCUCUGAUCAUUCCACCAAAAGACCAGAUUUCCAGAGUUGCUAAAAUGUUAGCAGACGAGUUUGGCACGGCAUCUAAUAUCAAGAGCAGAGUGAAUCGUCUGUCUGUAUUGAGUGCCAUCACUUCUGUACAGCAGCGACUAAAACUCUAUUCUAAAGUUCCCCCAAAUGGUCUUGUAGUGUACUGUGGAACAAUUGUCACAGAUGACGGCAAAGAGAAGAAAGUCAAUAUAGAUUUUGAACCAUUUAAGCCAAUCAACACAUCAUUAUAUCUUUGUGAUAACAAGUUUCAUACUGAGGCAUUAAAUGCCUUACUAGCAGAUGAUAACAAAUUUGGGUUCAUCGUGAUGGAUGGUAAUGGUGCAUUGUUUGGUACUCUAUGUGGUAACACCAGAGAUGUACUUCACAAGUUUACAGUUGAUCUGCCCAAGAAACAUGGUCGUGGGGGACAGUCUGCCCUUCGUUUUGCUCGUCUCCGGAUGGAGAAGCGCCAUAAUUAUGUGAGAAAAGUUGCGGAGACAGCAGUACAGCUAUUUAUUACAAAUGACAAGCCGAACAUUACAGGGAUGAUCCUAGCUGGUUCAGCAGAUUUCAAGUCAGAACUGAGUCAAUCAGAUAUGUUUGAUCAGAGACUGCAAGCUAAAGUUCUCAAGCUAGUGGAUGUGUCAUAUGGUGGAGAGAAUGGAUUUAAUCAGGCAAUUGAGCUGGCCUCAGAAGUUCUUGCUAAUGUGAAGUUUAUUCAAGAAAAGAAACUGAUAGGGCGUUAUUUUGAUGAAAUAUCCCAAGACACUGGAAAAUAUUGUUUUGGUGUUGCUGAUACACUCAAGGCAUUAGAGAUGGGUGCGGUUGACAUUCUCAUUGUCUGGGAAAACUUGGACAUUCAAAGGAUAGUACUCCGUAAUCAUCAAACAGAUGAGGACACAGUUCUCCACUUGAACCCAGAACAGGAAAAAGAUAAAACACAUUUUAUUGAUAGUGAGUCUGGUGUUGAGCUUGAGUUAGUCGACAAAAACCCACUUCUAGAAUGGCUGGCAAACAAUUACAAGAACUUUGGUGCCACUCUUGAAAUCAUCACAGACAAGUCCCAAGAGGGGGCCCAGUUCUGUAAAGGAUUCGGAGGAAUUGGAGGCAUUCUCAGGUACCGCGUGGAUUUCCAAAGUAUGGAGUAUGAUGGUGACCCGCUGGAAGAUUAUGAUGACGAAGAGUACUAAACUACUCUUUACUUAUCACUAAACGCUUAUGGCAGAAGGACAAUGUGCAAGAAUAGACGUUUGCAGAGCAGCGAUAAGGUUGAAAGCAGUGGUUGUAAUUUUCUCAAAGACUAGACCGAGUGCCAAACGGUGUAAAAGAGAUGAACAAAGGGUGUGUCGAAGAUUGGAAGUGUUUUGUUUGAAGUGCGUGGGAAUAGACAUAAUCCAUAAGACACUUCAUGCAUUAGUAGAGUUGGAUACAUUGCAUAAGGUUGUGAGAUGAGACAACCUCUGUGGAAGAAAGAAAAGUCCUGUUCUGAUGUCAAUCGGUUGUCUCAAAUUUGAGAACAUCUGAUUGGUAUGAGCCUAACUUUGUAGCUUUUAUGUUUGUCAAUGAAUCAAAAAUUGUGAUUAUCCCAUUCUGGCCAGUUGACCUUCUUGCACUGUGUCUUGGUGACCAUGCUAACGCGGUUCACAUUGCGAAUCUCAGCAGAAGAGAUAUUUUACAAGACGGACUAUGGAACUGUAACUGAAAUGCUAACUCAGUCCACAUGACAUGAUCUAAACAUUUUCCAAUAAAAAAUGGAUUUAAAAUGGUUAAAUGGCACGUCUUGCUGAAUGAAAGAUUAGCAUUUUGUAAACACGCCUCAGCAGGAGAGAUUUCAGACGUUACAAAGGUGAUAACCAUAACGCCCACGCUCGAUAUAAACUAAAGACAUGAAACAUAUUACUUUUAGUCUAGUCUCUGUCCCCGAAUUACGGUAGAUUAGAACUGGAACAGAGCCUCGUCUUAAAGUUUUAUGUCUUGUGAGUUAUUGGGAUAUUAUGUUUCACGUUUCAACUCAACUUGUUACGGCUGCAUAGCAUGGUUAGCGGUUCUUGUUCUUCGUUUUGAAAUUUCAGUAAAACUUGAGGUUGAUAUCAAUAACUGACCGCACCUUUGUACCUGUAUCUUUACAAAUCCCCUUACGUGACGGGUCGAGAACAAUUUAAUAAUAUUUCUGGCAGGAUUGUGAGAAAUAAAGGAAAACAAGUAA